AUGGCCUCUAACUGUCGCAAAAUCUCCCCAAUCAUUUCAGUUGUCGUUCUCUUUCUGUUCUUUAUUUUCUCUGUUUGUCCAGUGGAAUCUGUAAAUUUCAAUGGCAGCAAUCAGAAUUUUCAUUCAAGAAAAGAAUCGCUGAAGAUGAGGUUUAUUAGAGACAGUCUGAUGAAGAUCAAUAAGCCUUCUAUCAAAACAAUUCAGAGUCCUGAUGGUGAUCUUAUAGAUUGUGUAUUAACUCAUCAACAGCCAGCUUUUGAUCAUCCUCUAUUAAAAGGACAAAAACCAAUGGAUCCACCUGAAAGGCCAAAAGGUCAAAAUACAACAAGCAGCAGCAUGUCUAAAGAAAAUGUUCAGUUAUGGUCUCUGUCUGGUGAAUUUUGCCCAGAAGGGACCAUUCCGAUUAGAAGAACAACAGAGCAAGAUUUUUUGAGGGCUAGUUCUCUACGAAGAUUCGGAAGAAAAAUACGAAGGCCUAUUCGAAGAGAUUCGUCUAGCUAUGGCCAUGAGCAUGCUGUAGGGUAUGUCAGUGGAAAUCAAUAUUAUGGAGCAAAAGCAAGUAUAAAUGUAUGGUCGCCUAGAGUUGCAAAUCAUUAUGAAUUUAGCAUAUCACAAUUGUGGGUAAUUGCUGGUUCAUUUGGUGAUGAUCUCAACACCAUUGAAGCUGGUUGGCAGGUUAGCCCGGAGCUUUACGGGGACAACUAUCCUAGGUUCUUCACAUACUGGACUAGUGAUGCAUAUCAAGCAACAGGCUGUUACAAUUUGCUGUGCUCAGGAUUUGUUCAAAUUAACCGUAGAAUAUCAAUUGGGGCUGCAAUUUCUCCAAUUUCUUCAUACAAUAGGGGCCAAUUUGAUAUUAGCUUAUUAGUAUGGAAGGACCCAAAGCAUGGAAAUUGGUGGCUAGAGUUUGGCAAUGGGGUUUUGGUAGGUUAUUGGCCAUCUAUUUUGUUCACACACCUAAGAAAUCAUGCAAGUAUGGUACAAUUUGGUGGAGAAAUCGUGAAUAAUAGGGCCUCAAAUUCCCACACAUCAACGCAAAUGGGCAGUGGACAUUUUGCAACAGAAGGCUUCGGAAAAGCAUCUUAUUUUAGAAAUCUUAAAGUGGUUGAUUGGGAUAAUAGUUUAAUGCCAUUAUCAAAUCUUAGGGUUUUGGCUGAUCAUCCAAAUUGCUAUAAUAUUCAAGGGGGGAUUAAUAGGGUUUGGGGAAAUUAUUUUUAUUAUGGUGGACCAGGGAGAAAUUCAAGGUGUCCUUGA